AUGGCAUCUAAAAUGAAAGACAGGAAGAGAACUCCCAUCUCCCACAAAGUCAUUGAGAAGCGAAGACGGGACCGCAUUAAUCGCUGCCUUAACGAAUUAGGAAAAACUGUACCAAUGGCCCUGGCAAAACAGAACUCUGGGAAACUGGAGAAAGCUGAAAUCUUGGAAAUGACAGUUCAGUACCUGCGAGCGCUCCACUCAGCAGAUUUCCCCCGUGGGAGAGAAAAAGGCGAGCUGCUGGCUGAGUUUGCAAACUACUUCCACUACGGAUACCACGAGUGUAUGAAGAACCUGGUGCAUUACCUGACCACAGAGGACAGGGCUGAAACCAAAGACAUCAAGUACGCACGGAUCCUCGCCUUCUUACAGUCUAAAUCCCGUGUGGUCACCGAGCCUGUCUUCGGCUCCGUCGCCUCGAUGCCAGAACCGUCUGACUACCUCAGCCAGCUGCACUCCUCUCCGGAGCACCAAAGCCACAGUCCGUCUGACUCCGUGUACCAGCAGAGUCCACCGGGACACUUCUCCUGGCACAGCUCGACCCGCAGCCCGGGCAUCUCGUACCCAACAGUGCCGCUCUCUGCGCACACACAGCAGCACGGUGGAUACUUGUCACCGGUUCAGGGACUCGAUCAUCACUAUUUCAACUUUAUCGGUCACACGCACGCAAACACGUUUAGUUUACACAGUGCGCAACAUGCCAUGUAA